AGUACAAUAUGCGUUCAUGAAAAGGCUGAUAUUGAGUUAUUUGCAGAAAAAGCACAAAUACAAAAUGUAAUUAUUUGUUCAAGUUUAACUCAUGCAGAAUGUGCUUUAAAACUUCCAAUACAUCAACGUUAUCAAUAUGCCAAUGAUACUAAUAAAUAUAUGAACAUUACUUUACCAGACCCAAUAUUGCUAUUAGGCUGUAGAAAAAAAAUUGAAGGCUAUAGAAUUUCUAAACUUGAUUUGUGUUCUCCAUGUGUAACAAUUGUACCUAAAUGGAGAGAAAUUCCGUAUGUCACGGAUAAGAAAGAUCUAUGGACAAUACCAGUUGGUGAGACAACUAUGUUAUAUGUAGUAACUUAUACUACAUUUUUAUUAACAAUGUUAUGUACAAUAUAUCUUAUACAAACAAUUUGGAAAUCUAUACCAAAGCAACAUCUAAAACAUGACUGA